GUUCUGGCUGGCUCAGAGGCAGUCGGUUCGGCCAGCGAUCGCCACAGCUCCAGCUGUGCGUGGUUGAAUUGUGGUGCGGUGGGGAAGUAUAGCUGUCUCGGGGGUUGUUCUGCGUCCCGAGGUAGGAUGCAAGAAAUGGACUUCAAAAAUGUUAUCUAUAACGCUGCACGAGAUGGCAAGCUUAGACGUUUGAAGGUAUUUCUUGAUCAUCGUACGCGGGACGAAGUGCUGAUGCUGGUAGCCGCCAAGACGAAUGGCGCGACACCGCUGGUGAUGGCGUGUCGCAAUGGCCAUUAUGAUGUGGCGGAGUACCUCAUAGAGCGCUGCAGUGCAGAUAUAGAGCAACCGGGUUCAGUUGUAUUCGACGGGGAGACGAUAGAAGGAGCACCGCCGCUGUGGUGCGCAGCCGCGGCCGGCCACCUCCCCGUGGUGCGCCUGCUGGUGCGCCACGGGGCGGGCGUGAACAGCACCACUCGCACCAACUCCACGCCGCUGAGGGCCGCCUGCUUCGACGGCCACUUCGAGAUCGUGGAGUUCCUGGUGGAGCACGGGGCAGACAUAGAAGUGGCCAACCGCCACGGACACACGUGCCUGAUGAUAGCUUGCUACAAGGGCCAUUUCAGAAUCGCCAAGUUCCUCCUGAGCUUGGGAGCCAACGUGAACAGGAAGAGUGUGAAAGGCAACACAGCACUUCAUGACUGUGCAGAGUCCGGCAGCUUGGAGAUUCUUAAACUUCUCAUCAAACAUGGAGCAAAAAUGGACGUUGAUGCGUAUGGUACUGUCUUCAAUUAUUCCACGGCCAGUUCGUUGUCUCUUUAUGGCAUGACGCCGAUUCUGGCGGCCAGCGUGACGGGUCACACCCACAUUGUGGAGUACCUCAUCAAGCUGCAGGACCUGGUGUCCCACUCGGAGAGGGUGAACGCUCUGGAGCUGCUGGGAGCCACGUACGUGGACAAGAAGCGGGACAUGAUCGGCGCCCUGGACCUCUGGAAGAGGGCCAUGGACGACAGGUACAACGGGUUUGUAAAGCUACCGAAACCUGCACAGCUGGCCACGGUAGCUGCGUAUGACAACGUGAGAGAGAUCCUGGACUCAUCGGGACUGGACGAUCUGCUGGCAGACCCAGACGAGAUGAGGAUGCAGGCCCUAGCAAUCCGUGAGCGCAUUCUGGGGCCAGCGCACCCAGACACCAGCUACUACAUCCGGUACCGCGGGGCCGUGUACGCAGACGCAGGGAAGUUCAACCGCUGUGUCGCCUUGUGGAUGUACGCACUGGACAUGCAGCAGAGGAUCCUGGAGCCCUUGAACCCCAUGACGCAGAGCUCCCUCUUCUCGUUCAGCGAGCUGUUCUCGUUCAUGAUGGGCGAACAGGGCCGCACGUCGUCCCGCGGCAGGAGGGUCCCGCCCGUCGGCUACGCCGACCUCGCGUCCGUGUUCCGCAAGUCCAUCGCGGAGGUGGAGGGGGGGAUCGCCAUGCUGGACAAGAUACCGGCCUCCGGGGACAAGGACGCGACGCACCUCCACAGGGUGAUGGUGAUCUCGCUGCACCUGGCCUGCUUGCUCACCAGGCUGAUGGCGGACUUGUCGAAGGAGCAGUGCCACGAGAUACACCUGGCGGUGUACCGGCUGUCGAAGCUGAACGUGCGAGACCGCCUGGGCUGCACGGUGCUGCACCUGGCCUGCUCCCGGGAGAGCUCGCUGGUGGGGCGCUACCCCGCGUGCCAGUUCCCCUCGGCCAGCGUGGCACAGGCGCUGCUGACGGUGGGCGCGGAGGUGGACGCCAGGGACGAGAGUGGCAACGCGCCCCUCCACUUGGCAGGCCUGGCCCGGCCCUGCCCCCCGGCCCUCGCGAGGACGCUCCUGGACCACGGGGCCCACCUUGACGCCGUCAACGCGGCGGGGCAGACCUUCCAGCAGCUGCUGAAGGGGCAGAGCCUGCACGAGAUCGUCAACCCCGUCCGUUACACCACGCUCAAGUGCCUGGCCGCGCGCGUCGUCAAGGAGAAGAUGAUCGGCUACGUGGGCCGCGUGCCCGCGUCGCUGGAGUCGUUCGUGCAGCAGCACUAGCACCGCACCAUCUCGUGAUAUCUACCGUCAAGACUGUUCCAGUAUGUAUCAAAUCAAUGUGAUAUUUUGUGAAGCGACUGUGUGUAAAUAAAAUAUUCUGUUGUAGGAGUUAUAUGUAGAUAUGAUGAAGUUUAAAGAAAAUUGUAUUUUGCCUUGUGAUUGUUAAAAUUUUCAUAAAUGCCUGUUUCAGGUAAGAUAUGGAUUGUAAAUGUUGACCCAUCUUCUCUUUGGGGUAAAUGGGAAUGCCUCUUUAUCUCUUGUGGUAAAGGAGAACGCGCAGCUUAAAUCGACAGAUGAUUAUAUGAUAUUAAUUUCAAGACUCAGGAAACUGAAAAACACAAUUUUUCAAUUUUUUGUCAUAAGUUUUGACUCGGUGGGCUUUCUCUCAUAUCGUGAAUUUUGCGAAGAACAUAGGGAUGUAAAAAAAAUUUUUUUAUAAUACAUUCAUAAGCUAAAGAAGUUCAUCUAAGUAUUGUAACUUUAUAUGGUAAGCAUUUUUAAACUGUUAAACACCCGUCCAUAAGUUUUAUUUUAAAUGUUAUCAUUAAAUGUAUAAAGCACACACAUCAAAUAAAAUUUUACUGUUAACAGUUACUAAGUUUUGUCUUGAUUUUUUAUUAUCUUUGCUCGUUCUUUCAUUAAAUUCUUACAGAUAAUGUAAAAACAAUUUUUUUGUAUGUUUUAUUUACAUUUUUCAUAUUGACCCAUUUAUUAAUUAAUUUUUGGAGUGUAGCUUGAAAAUCUAUUGGCAUAGUUUCUUGUAUGCUAGGUUGUUGGUUUAGGAGUUAAGUACAAUAUGUAGUUUAAAAUUAGUUACACAGUCAAUGAAUUAAGAGAAAGUAUUUACUCAUAUAAACUGCAGCUACAUUUAAGUGUGUAUGAGUUGUGAGUGCUUUAAGUUUUCUGCCAUUCUCUAGUCAGUUUAUAGAAUCAGUUUUCACGUAUUUCACUUGUCAUUUAUUGUGUGCAGUUCUAAAUAUAAUGUUUUCUCCCCCAAAAAAAAUUUAAUUUUUAUUUAAUUUAAAAAAAAUGUUUUUUCAACAGAGAUGUUUUUAUAGUGCGUCAUUUAACUAAAUGCAAAUCAUGUACUGCAGUAAAAAAAAUAGCAGGUUUUAUGUUUAUUUGGUCCCUAUGUUCCUUUCUGGUUGCAAUGAGCAAUCUGUUAUGGACUGUGGUGUUGCUAUCACUUUUUUUAAAUAAUAUUAACUUAACUACAAUUGUUUUCAUGUGACCAGAAAUGUUAAAUAUGUUUAGGGUUUCGUCAUGAGGUACAUUUGAUAAAAUUUAGUAAUUUUUGCCAGUGGAUGAGUGUCUUAAUCAAUUUCCCAACUUGUAACUUGUCUUUUCUAUCUGUUACUGUUAGAAAUUUGAUUUAAGUUUACAGUUCCAAUACUAAGUUUUGGACUGCCUAUAAAGAAAAUGAUAUAAAGAAAAGUGUGGUAUGAAUGACAGAUUUCCUGUAUUAGACAAGUGUAUGGUUGCAUAUAUUAUUGCCCUUGUCAAAGAGAAUGUUGUGUUAUAUUGCAUAAUUGUCACACGCACCAUGAUAAAAUUUUUUAGAAAUAUUGGUGUGAUUCAAAUGUUAAUACACACAUUUGUAUUAACUAGAUAUCUGAUUGGUAAUACUAUUAGAUGACUCAUGGCAGUUUAAAUAAAAUAAAUACUAUUCUACUGAGCUAGCAAAGUCUCUGUGGCUAGCUCUACUAGUUGCCCGUUCUUUGGUCCUCUGAACAUCUCAGAUCGUAAUGGUUUGCAGUAGUGACGACUGUGUUUCUAACAGGUUGUUGCCAAAGGCUCUUGCACAAACCCUGCACCAUUAAUUUCCACCUGCCAUUAUGUCAUUUACUGGUUUUCAUCUUGGUCAGUCAAGGAAUUUUCAUCCAAAUUUUGUUUCAUAAAUUUAGUCUUUUAUUAUUAUUAUUUUACAUAAACUAAACUUUUGUGCUGCCAAACUAUUUAAUGAAUAGUGUUAUUUCUAACAUGCAUUGGGUACUGUAGAAAACAUGCUUUCUCUACUGUUUCCCUCAUUUAGCUAUCUUGUUUACCAAAUGGUUAAGCAGAAUAGGGUUGUUUGGUAGGAAGAAUGUUUUUUAUGUAACAUUUGCUUAGUGUCUGCAAGUUUUGUUAAGUUUGAAGAAAUUGAUAAAAAAAAAUGGUGUUAUUUUGAUAUAAUUUCUUUUCACAAUUUUUUUUGAAUGAAAAAUUAAAGUUUUAACUAAUGGGUGUUGACUGUUAUGUGAUAUAACACUAUAAUUUUAAUAUGAGAAUAUGUUGGUACCAGGUAUGUGCUGUUUUGUGAGUGAAAUAAACCAGAGAUUUUCAACUAAAUUUUUUUUUAUUAGAAGUAUAAUAUAAACUUCCAUCUUAAGUGUCAUUGACACUGAAAAAUUAUUUAGUAAUCAGGCAGUAUAAAAAAUUUCAAAUAAAACAUGAAAUUUUAGAAAGUAGAAUUACAAUAUGAUUAUGCAAAUAUGCUUUGUAAUUAAAUAACUAUUCCAGAGAUACAGUAAAACUCGCUUAAGACUUUUCUGCAUGAUAUGUUUCCCCACUUAUUAAGUUCACAAAAUUAUUCCCUUAAUCACUUCCAUAUAUUCCUAAGUUAAUUUUUCCUAUUCAUAAUGUUAGCAUUAAGGCUAAGAUCCUGAGUCUCCUGAACGCGCAAAGAAAGAACACAACACACUUAGUUCCAAAAUCCUCGAUAGAGAGCACUAGCUGUACGGUUGAGCUAUGGUAGGAUUGGGGGGGGGGGGGGGGUGGAGGAAUAGGAGGAAAGAAUCCACUUUUCUCAGAAUUCCUUAUCGCCCAGCGUGUAACAACCCAGAUUACAUACAGCCUUCCUCAUGCAAUCCAUUAAUAAUCAUUUGUUAUAAAUGUUUUAUCAUAUUUCAGGUUAGAUGUAAAGUUUUUCCUUUUAAAAGUUAUUGUAAACUUAAUUCUCCGGGUGUAUUGUUUUUAUUUCUUAAAAUUCAUAAAUUUAUAUUUCAAGUAUUUUUUUUGCUGGCUUCUUUGUGGGGGAAGGCGUGCUGACGUGAUUCUCCUUCGUUUUUUCCAUGACCGAGGCUUUGUUUCACACGCUAGGCGUGUGAGUCACGGUCACGGGAGUGCGAGAAAGAUACAAAAUCGCUGCGUCGUGGGAACAGAAGUAAGCAUUUCGUGGAAGCCUCUGUUACCAUGCGCCGUGAUUGGCUGAAAAUUACGUCAGGGAGCCCAGAACACUGCCCGCACAAGGGAGAGGAAAGCUGUAAUAUCAGUCAUUGUCCCAGCGCCAGGCCGAGCGGUCGUUGUUCGGGCGGCGGGCCGAGCAGGCUGUGGCCGGGCGAUGGCUCAAUAUUUUUGAUGUACAGUUUAAUUUUUUUUGUGCGCUCUGUCCAGAAUUUAGUGUAAAAUUUACAUAAAUAAAACAGGCAAUACAUCGAA